AUGCUCCUGCAGCAGCAAUAUCGAGAGAUGAGAUUCAAAAAGUAUUCUGAACUUAUAUCACAUCUUCUUGUAGCCGAGCAACAUAAUGGGCUAUUAAUGAAAAACCAUGAAAUCCGACCUACUGGUUCUUGUCCAUUCCCUGAAGUGAAUGAGACGAACUUCUACCAAGCUAAGCAUGGAAGAGGUCGUGGCCCCAGUCGUAGUCAUGGCCAUGGUCAGGGAAGAAACUUUAAUCAUAGUAAUAAUAAUGCACCAAAGAACCCUGCUCACCACCAGCAGUGGAAAAGGAAGGAACAAAAGCAUGAAGCAAUGCAAGCACCAAAUGCAGAAAAUGCACGCUAUAGAUGUGGAGGAAAAGGGCACUGGUCACGUACUUGUCGUACGCCAAAGCACCUGGUUGAGCUUUAUCAAGCCUCCAUAAAGAAGAUAGAGAAAAAUGCUGAAGCAAAUUUUAUUUCUGAAGAUAAUUUGGACUUCAUGCAUUUGGAAGUAGCUGAUUACUUUGCACUGCCAGAAGGAUAA